AUGUGUUGUUCUAUCUGGUCACUAUUUGAAUUUUUUAAUACCUGUGACGCUGAGUCACCUUAUCCUAUCAGGAAACAGAAGAGCUAUAUAUCACCCUCCAGUGAAGAACCCGCCUGGUCAUUUCCACAACCACCCGAAGAAGGACGAAAGAAACUUGUGAUCUUCCUGGAAACAAAAGAGAUGAUUCUGCCGGUGUUGUUCCUGUGUCUCACAGCUAUGUUGCGUCUGUCCACUGGCGAGGAACCUGAAGGUUUCGAUGCUCUGUCAACUAGCAACGCAGAUCAGCAAAAGCUGAUUAUUGACACACAUAAUACCCUCAGGAGAGGAGUAAAACCAACUGCCAGCAACAUGUUGAAGAUGCUAUGGUGUCCUCCGGCUGCAAAAAAUGCCCAAAACUGGGCCAAUCAAUGUACUUUAAAACACAGUCCCGCUACGCUGAGGAGAACCACUGUACAAUGUGGUGAAAAUCUCUUCAUGUCAUCUGCCCCUUACUCAUGGUCAGACGUUAUUCAGGCCUGGCACAGUGAGGAGAAAAAUUUUGAAUAUGGAACUGGAGCAAAAACCCAAGAUGCUGUGAUUGGUCACUACACUCAGAUGGUUUGGUACAAUUCUUAUCAAACUGGAUGUGCUGUCGCUUUCUGUCCCAACAGUACAUUUAAAUACUUUUAUGUCUGCCAGUACUGCCCCGCAGGGAAUUUAAGAAGUUCAAUUAACACACCUUACAAAGCAGGAAAACCCUGUGGUGAUUGCCCUGAUGCUUGUGAGAACGGAUUAUGCACAAGUCUUUGAAAGUUUGAAGAUGUUUAUUCCAACUGCUUUGGCAAAGUUUCACGGAUGUACCCAUAGCUUCAUCAAGUUCACUGCUCUGCUUCCUGCCAAUGCAAAACUGAAAUAAAAUAACAGGCUCAACAUUUCCCUUCCCGGACAUCUAGCUCCUUAGUGACUUCUUUCACAGAAACAAAUUCUAUCCUUCCUCUCCCACAUACACAGGACUAACUACAAUCCAGAGACUCACACAGAAAAAGCUGUAGGAGGAUGUAUACAUUCUAUUAGUGUAAUGGUCUUUCACAUAGAGGAGAUCUUAAUGGAAAUUUGGCAUUUGGGUACUAGAUAUAUUUAAUGACUCUCUUAUCACAUCUUUAUUUUCCAAAAAUGUUAUUUAAGAAGCAUUGUUUAAAGUUCUGUGGCUCCAUAUAUUUCAUAUGUUCUCAGCAUAGAUGGAUGGUCCUUUGUCAUGAAACUAGUCUUAACUUGAUCAACAAUUUAAACAAUUGCACUGUCAACAGGAUCAGAAGAUAAACAGGGUUGCUUGAAAUAUGGAGUUCUCAAAAGGAAUUAGAAGAGCAGAGCAGUCUCCAUUAGAACUAUUUUAGUUUAGAAUCUGGGUCAUUUGCUGACAUACAUGCUGACAUUCUAUUGUAAAAUGGUCCGU